GACCGCCGGCCUUAAGUUUCAUUCACCAAGAGCUAGCUAGUUGAUCGACCAUGAAGAUAUGCAUUGCUGCCGUCCUGCUGGUGCUUUCUCUCGAGGCCCUCGCCGCCGGGCGGCUCUCUGCUCUCACCCCCGGUGCCGAAGUUCCUCCAAGGGGUACUCAUCCGCCAGACGUUGGUCAUCAAGAGACGGCGGCGGCGGAGAUGGGCGUCGGAGAAGAGGCCAGCGUCGCCGGCACGGAGAAGCCGAGACCGUGGAGGUGCUGCGACUUGCACCGUUGCACCAGGUCAUCCCCGCCGACCUGCACCUGCCAAGACAAGGUUAAGAGGUGCGCCAUCACCUGCGCCGACUGCCAGAAGGACGAGUCGGACUCUUCCCGCUACGUGUGCGGCGACCAGUACUUCGGCUGGCCCGGACCGCACUGCACCAAGGUCUAGCGUCGCCGCCGACGUCCGCCCAGCUCCACUCUCCACCUGCUGCACGCAGCGUUCCGUUGGGUGAGUGGGUGAUGGUGAAUCGAAUAAAAUGUCCUCUUGUACCGAGUCACAGAGUCACAGAGUUUUGUACGUUGUACGUACUUUGCAUGGUGUUGGCAGCACAUCGAUGAGUAAGAUAAACUGUGCUGAUCAGACAGUCGUGCCAACUUUGUAGCUGAUCACAACCAUAAUAAAUAUCCAAAUGUUCAUUGUUCUUCAUCGGUU